AUGAAAUUUUUUGACCAGCUCCUCGCAACCCGGGAUCAGAUCGCUCCGCAGUUGCCACGUAGGCCGCCGGGAAUCCAGUAUCUUGUUAACCACCCACUCCUCCUGUGUCGCACCGACGUGGCCAACCGAGAUUUGAGGCCGACCCCCUGGAUAUGGAACUCAUCACUAAUGAAUGGGGUGGACGAUGCGGUUUUCUAUGGUCACUCCCCAUCUGGUCUCGGAGGACAAUUAGCGAAGACCAGGGGGCUGAGGCAUAGAAAGCUAGCCCUCCUCACAAUUUGCUUCUGCUUCAUCUUCCUUUUUCUCCUCACAAAGGCCACCCCAGCUUUGCAAACCAUCCGACGCUACACUUCCAUUAUGAGUACCCGGACAACUCAAACUCAUAAGAUCAGGAUGUCAGAGGCCGGCCCAGUGGAGCAGAGACGGAAAUUAUUCCUGCAAUAUAGAAGAGCCAUGAAAAGCCAUAUUCUGGGCAUUCAGGUAGCUUCAUUUCUGGAACUUUCAAACUACAUUUUCUAG